AAAAUGUCAAUGUCAGCUAUAUUCUAUCAAAAUUGUUUGGAGUUAGAAGUUGUGUUAUUUCCUAAUGUAUUAAUUUAUUUUUGAUUAUUUGGUUAGUGGUGUGCUUUGUAUUUUUUAGUUGAAGAAAAUCUGAAUAAAUUAUGGUUAUUGAAAAUAAGAGAAAAGCUGAUGACUCAGCUCUAGUUCCGGUUCAAAAAAAAUCCCGAAAUGAUGUCGCCCUUACCAAUAAAAACAAACAACUUGCCCAACUUCAGCCUGCACCGGCACGUACCUCAAACCUUUUUGCUCCAAUUAUGGUGUGUGAAGGGCAUGAAGGUGAAAUAUUCACAGUAGACUUUCAUCCAGAGGGACAAUAUUUUGCUACUUCAGGUUUUGAUAGAAAAAUAUUUUUAUGGAGUGUAUAUGGAGAAUGUGAAAAUAUCUCGGUCAUGACUGGCCAUACAGGGGCUAUAACAGAACUUCAUUUUAAUACAGAUGGCACAAAUUUGAUCACUGCAUCUACAGAUUAUACUCUGGGACUUUGGGAUAUUGUGACAGCACAGAGAAUUAAGAAAUAUAAGGGUCAUACAACAUUUGUAAAUUGUGCCCAGCCCUCAAGAAGGGGUCCACAGUUGAUUGUUUCAGGUAGUGAUGAUACUACUGUAAAGAUUUGGGACCAAAGAAAGAAAAUACCUACUAUGACUCUAAACGCUACCUACCAAACUACUGCAGUUAGUUUCAGUGAUACUGCUGAGAAUGUUUUUAGUGGUGGUAUUGAUAAUGAUAUUAAGGUUUGGGAUCUAAGAAAUAAGGAAUUGCUUUAUACAAUGAAAGGCCAUACAGACACAAUAACUGGAUUGUCAUUGAGUGCCGAUGGAUCUUAUUUACUUAGCAAUUCUAUGGAUAAUACAUUAAGGAUAUGGGAUGUAAGGCCAUAUGCACCUAUUGAGAGAUGUGUAAAAGUUUUUAGUGGGCACCAACAUAAUUUUGAGAAAAAUUUACUGAGAUGUGCAUGGUCUCCAGAUGGGAAUAAGGUUAGUGGCGGUUCAGCAGACAGAUUUGUCUAUGUGUGGGACACUACAUCAAGAAGAAUCAUUUAUAAAUUACCGGGACAUACAGGGUCUGUUAACAGUGUGGCAUUUCAUCCAAAUGAACCCAUUAUUGCUUCUGGUGGAAGUGAUAAAAUAGUGUUCAUUGGAGAGAUUGAUUGAUAAAAGGAUAUAUCUAGAAAUUAUAAAAUGGAUUUAUUAUUUUCACUUAAAGAAACUAUAAAAACAUAAUAAGGAUUUAAGGAUUUAAUUGUUGUAUAUUUUUCCCUCUGAUUUCUAUUAUUAAUAUAGCCUCACAUGCAAAAAGAUACAUUUGUAAUAAAACAAAACUAUAAAUUU